AGGUGUUGAUCAAGAUCAGCCAUGUCAGACUGGGAGGAGGAUGAUGUUCCUAGCUCAAGUGUUGGAGGUUGGGGAGAGUUACAGAACAAGUUUGGUCUGCCAAUAAAUCUUCCAAGAGGAGGCAAUAAAAGAUCUUGUUACAAGUGUUUUCAGGAUGGGCAUGUAGCAAGGGAUUGCACCUCAUUUAUCACUGGCGCUGAGCAUGCUGGGCCCUCGCGACAAGAUCAAGGAAAGCAAACUGCAGCUGGUCGAGGUUGUUUUAAGUGUCUUCAGGAUGGGCAUAUAGCAAGGGAUUGCACCUCAUUUAUCACUGGCGCUGAGCAUGCUGGGCCCUCGCGACAAGAUCAAGGAAAGCAAACUGCAGCUGGUCGAGGUUGUUUUAAGUGUGGUGAGGAAGGACACAUGUCCCGCUUUUGCAACAAAGUUAAUGGUGAAACUGGAGAUCGAAGACAGACAGGUUUUAACAGAGGUAAUGAAGGUGGACCUGAACCACAAAAGGAAAAAAUUCCAGAUGAGAGACGAGGAGUUCCUCUGUAUAUGCCAGACGACCUUGAGGAUGACAAACUAUUUGACACAGGCAUACAAGUUGGUCAAAACUUUGAAAGAUACAGUAGCAUGACAGUCCAGGUGACUGGUGAUGAUCCAAUACCUCAGCCAGCUUCAGAAUUUGCUGAUAUGGGUCUCCGGGAAAUUUUGAAGGAAAACAUCAUUCGUGCUAACUACAAACUUCCAACUCCAGUCCAGAAAUACUCGAUACCAAUCAUUCUAAAGGGCCGAGACAUAAUGGCUUGCGCAGAAACUGGAUGUGGCAAAACAGCUGCAUUUCUUUUGCCAAUGAUUCAUUAUAUAUUAGAAAACCAGAUAGAAAGUCAUGCAUUUGGUGACUGUGUGCAACCAGUUGGAUUGAUACUGUCCCCAACCCGAGAGCUUGUAAUACAAAUCUGUGAUGAGGGCCGGAAGUUCUCGCUAAAUACAGUGGUGAAGUUUGGCAAGGUUUAUGGAGGAGCAAAUUCAAAGUUUCAGAAUCGGCGUUUAAUGGAAUUUGGCUGCCAUAUUCUUGUAGCCACACCAGGAAGAUUGAUGGAUAAUUUAUCACAUGGAAUAAUCUCCUUUAACGAUCUGAAGUUUCUCGUUUUUGAUGAAGCUGAUCGUAUGUUGGAUCUAGGAUUCAUAGAUGAUAUGAAGACUCUUGUCUCUCACCACACUAUGCCUCCCAAAGGUCUGCGGCAAACUUUGAUGUUCAGCGCUACCUUCCCUGUUGAGAUACAACAUUGUGCUGCUGAAUUUUUGGACAACUAUAUAUUCAUUGUAGUUGGUGUUAUUGGAACAGCCAACACAGAUGUCACACAAGAAAUUGUAUCUGUGGAGAGUCAUCACAAGAGAAAGCUUAUGGAAUACAUGAGGAGUGUAAAUUGUGAUGGAAAGAAAAUAUUGAUAUUUGUAGAGACAAGGGUUCAGACUGAUUUUACUGGAGCCUACUUAAAUAAACAAGGCAUCACUGCAACAACAAUUCAUGGUGAUCGAUUUCAAAACCAACGUGAAGAAGCCUUGGCAGCUUUCAAGACAGGGCAGAUCAAUGUUCUUGUUGCAACAUCAGUAGCUGCUCGUGGUUUGGACAUUGUUGGAGUUGAGUUUGUGAUAAACUAUGAUUUGCCAAAAUCUGUGGAAGAGUAUGUUCAUCGUAUUGGCCGAACUGGUAGAGUAGGCAAUCCUGGACAUGCUCUGAGCUUCUUUGAUGAAAAACGUGACUUACAUCUUGCAAAAGAUCUGAUGAAAAUCUUCAGUGAAGGUGCUAGGGCUAGGCCAGAUGAACCAAACUUUAGUGAGACUUAUGGUGGACCUCCUCCACCUCCAAAUGAUGAUGAUGGCGACCUAUGGGCUGAAUAAAGCCUUUAUGUAAUUAACCAUAUGUAUUUGUUCUUUAAACAACAAAUGCUCUGAAUGUGCAAGUAUUGCAUGCAAGAAUUCAAUUGCUGUUUGCAUGUUUCUGAUCAUAUUUUGCUUGUGGUACUCGUGUAUUUUUAUUAAUGUAUUAUAUAUGUGUGUUUAAUAUUUCUGUUGGAUCCAGAAGUUGAUUCCUAAUUAUUUUUCUUGUGCUGCUGAUGAUUAACUUCUUUAAUUUACAUUGAAGGUUGGUUGUAUUUUGAUUGUGGUGGAAGUUUUUAGGGUUUUCUUUACAGUUUCUUCAUAAGGAGUUUAAUGUUUUGCUUAAUAAGAGUUAUUGCAUUAUUAUGAAUUGCAUUGAAAUUCUUACUAGCCAUCGUCAGCUUUGGAAAUUUUAAUAUUGGAAUCACUAAACCUAAAGGUAUUUUGGAUAUGUAUGGGUAUUCCAUUGCCAUGGCUACAGUUUGAUAAUAAUGCAGUAUUACUUCAUAUGAAAAGUUUCAUUUAUGUUUAUUUACCUAAUGGCCACCCACUAGAGGCCAGUGUCACUUGUAUGAUCCCUCCAUUGUGUGUGAUUCCACCCUCUGUACUCUUAAAUUGAAAUAAAGAAAGAAAUCAA